CACAGGGACUCUGCGUGCAGCGCAGGAAGGAACCAGUUGCAGAGGGGAGGAGGCUAGCCCUGUGAGUCAGCACACAGCUGCAGCAGCAGGCCCGGCGGUGGCUGAGCAGGACCAUGCGAGGACGGUAUGUGAGCAGGAUCCUCGCCUCUGUGCUGCUGUGCAGGCAGCCCCAGCCUUUGGGAGCAGGCGCUGCAGCUGCUGCUAACAGCCCAUUCCCGGGUGCAGCCCCGAGACGCUUCUCGGACAGGCAGAAGGACCAGGAGCAGCCCAAGGCGUUUGACCCGGCUCUGCUCGAGUUCCUGGUCUGCCCGCUAUCCAAGAAACCACUGAGGUAUGAAGCAUCCACCAAUGAACUAAUUAACAAAGAGCUGGGCAUCGCCUAUCCAAUCAUUGAUGGCAUUCCUAAUAUGAUCCCUCAGGCUGCAAGGAUGAUUGACAGAAAGGCCCAGGAUGAGGAACCAAAGCAAACCUAGAUAGCUGUUAU